AUGGUGGACACCAACAGCAGUGAGUCCAGUGCCACGUAUUUCAUCUUAAUAGGCCUCCCAGGAUUAGAAGAGGCUCAGUUCUGGUUGGCUUUCCCACUGUGCUCCCUCUACCUUAUUGCUGUGCUAGGUAACUUGACAAUCAUCUACAUUGUGAGGACAGAGCACAGGCUCCAUGAGCCCAUGUAUAUCUUUCUUUGCAUGCUUUCUGGCCUAGACAUCCUCAUUUCCACCUCAUCCAUGCCAAAAAUGAUGGCCAUUUUCUGGUUCAAUUCCACUACCAUCCAAUUUGAUGCUUGUCUGGUACAGAUGUUUGCUAUCCAUUCCUUAUCUGGCAUGGAAUCCACGGUGCUGCUGGCUAUGGCCUUUGAUCGCUAUGUGGCUAUCUGCCAUCCUCUACGUCAUGCCACUGUGCUUACAUUGCCUCGUGUUGCCAAGAUUGGCAUGGCUGCUGUGGUCAGGGGUGCUGCACUAAUGGCACCCUUACCUGUCUUCAUCAAAAGGUUGCCUUUCUGUCGUUCCAAUAUCCUUUCUCAUUCCUACUGCCUACACCAAGAUGUCAUGAAGCUGGCCUGUGCUGACAUCCGUGUUAAUGUCAUCUAUGGUCUCAUUGUCAUCAUCUCUGCCAUUGGUUUGGACUCCCUUCUCAUCUCCUUCUCGUAUUUGCUCAUCCUUAAGACUGUGUUGGGCUUGACACGUGAAGCCCAGGCAAAAGCAUUUAGCACUUGUGUCUCUCAUGUGUGUGCUGUUUUCAUAUUCUAUGUGCCUUUCAUUGGAUUGUCAAUGGUGCACCGUUUUAGCAAGAGGCGUGACUCCCUCCUUCCUGUCAUUAUGGCUAACAUCUAUCUGCUCAUCCCUCCUGUGCUCAACCCCAUCGUCUAUGGAGUGAAGACAAAGGAGAUCCGGCAGCGCAUCCUGCGUCUUUUUCUCACAACCACACACACUUAA